AUGUCUGCUUCAUUCAAACAUGUAAUCAUCAACAAUACAGAAAUUCAAAAUAAUUCACCAAACACAACGUAUUGUUGGAAAAUGGAUCUUACAGGAACUACAAGAAGAAAUUUAUUUUCGCAACACUUCAAUAUCGACGAAAUAAAUGACAAAGAAGACGCCGUCAUCGGAAAUGAUCUUCUUUCAAGCGCUAAAGUCUCGCAAGACGCACAUAACCCUUUUAACAACGGAACUGUGCUAUUUCCAAAGCUCGAUCUGGAGAAUGAUUUUAUGGCAACGUCAGCCUUUCAAAAAAAAGCAAUGUUGAGAAAUAAGGAAAUUGCUGAACGUGCAAUGAGCAAUUCACAUAUCGAUGACGACGUGGUGCUUGUUGAGCUUGAUUCUCUUGAUGUUGUGAUUUGGAUGAAUGGUAAUCAGUUGAGUGCAACGAACUCUAGUUUAUCUUAG